GCGGGCAACAUGAACCCUGCUGCCGUCCCUCCCCCGCCGGGCCAGCAAGUCAUCCAUGUCACCCAAGACCUGGACACGGACCUCGAGGCCCUCUUCAACUCGGUGAUGAACCCCAAGCCCAGCUCGUGGAGGAAGAAGAUCCUGCCCGAGUCCUUCUUCCAGGAGCCCGACUCCGGCUCCCACUCGCGCCAGUCCAGCACCGACUCGGGCAGCCACCCGCCGCGCCUGCCCAGCGCCGCCCUCGCCGCCCACCACGUCCGCUCGCACUCCUCGCCCGCCUCCCUGCAGCUGGGCGCCGGCGCCGCCGCCACCCCCGCCGCCGCCCAGCAGCACGCCCACCUCCGCCAGCAGUCCUACGACGUGACCGACGAGCUGCCGCUGCCCCCCGGCUGGGAGAUGGCGCUCACCCACGCCGGCCAGAGAUACUUCCUCAACCAUAUAGAAAAAAUCACAACAUGGCAAGAUCCUCGAAAGACGAUGACCCAGCCGCUGAAUCACAUGAGCCAUCAUCCUCCAACCACUUCUGCCCCGGUAGCCCAGCGAUCAAUGGCAAUGUCACAACCCAACCUUGUAAUGAAUCACCAGCACCCACCGCAAAUGACGCCGACUACAACCAUGUCUCAACAGAGCCACCCUACCCAAAACCCUCAGGCUGGCUUAUUGAACAUGCCAAAUGCACUGACGUCCCAGCAGCAGCAACAACAGAAACUGAGGCUUCAGAGGAUCCAGAUGGAAAGGGAGAGGAUUCGCAUGCGCCAGGAGGAACUGAUGCGACAGGAAGCUGAUUUGUACAGACAACUUCCCAUGGAGUCUGAGAACAUGGCCCCUGUUCAGACUGCUGUGAGCCCACCUAACAUGACCCAAGAUAUGAGAUCUAUUACAAAUAAUGGAUCGGAUCCUUUCCUGAAUAGUGGGCCAUACCAUUCCAGGGAGCAGAGCACAGACAGUGGCCUAGGCUUAGGAUGCUACAGCAUACCAACUACACCUGAAGACUUCCUCAGCAAUGUAGAUGAGAUGGACACAGGCGAUAAUGUAGCACAGACCCCCAUGAAUAUCAACCCACAACCAACCCGUUUCCCUGACUUCCUUGACUGUCUUCCAGGAACAAAUGUUGAUCUUGGGACAUUGGAGUCUGAAGAUCUGAUCCCUAUCCUCAACGAUGUGGAAUCGGUCCUCAACAAAAACGAGCCCUUUCUCACUUGGCUGUAAUUGAUGCUCAGUGCUUGGUUCAGUUGUUGAAAUCCGAGAUUUCCUUUUCCCUCUAGAAAUAAAUGCAGAGCAGCCUCAAGUCCCUCAGCUAGCCAAUGAUGCCUUAUUGACUUCCAAGAGACCCUUUUAUGUCAAUGAACCUUUGUCUAGGUUUCAUUGGCAAUAACUUAAGUAUGAAAUAUAUGCAAAUAUAUACGUAUAUAUCUAUUUUUAAGGAGUAGAACUAUGUAUAUGCAUCUAUAACCUUUCGUUUUUAGUUACGUAGAAAUGUUCUGAAGACAAGGGAGAUUUUCUUGCCUGUGUCAGAACUUACAAUCAUUGGUUACACAGCCAGAUUUUAAUGAACCAAAAGAGUUGACUACAAGAAGCUUUUGGCUGCAGAAGGCAGCUUGGUUCCAAAAACUUU